AUGACACCCACUCCAACCUCUCAUCAGCACCACCAUCCACAAACAUCAGUUGAUAUCAUCAACAUUUCUACUGAUUUUGGACCAACAACUCCUCCAUCUGCCUCUCCAGCGAGUGAACAGCAACUUUCAACCUUUAUGAUUGAGAGUCUGAAGCUGCUCGUCACACUCUCGAAGCCAAACUUGCAGCUGCUACUGGUACUACAACUAGCCUGGCUCCCAAACCAUCAUCAUCCCACCCACCUCCUGCCACUACUACCACCACAACAGCACCAGCAUCAACUACAUGCACCAAUGCUACCUCUGCCACCUCUUCGUCUCCAGGAAAUCAACCAUCUUUUGCUGCCGUCGUUGCAUCUAAUACAGGUGGCAAAGCGUAAGAAGAAGCCUGCUGCUCGUCCUCCUCCUCCAUCUGCCACCAAGGCAUCCGCUACUCUUGCUCGUCUUUUUGCUCCUCAAAGUGAUACACCAUCUGGUUAUCAAUUUGUGUACUAUGCUACUCCUGUCCGCCGUCGUCUUUCUGAGCUGCGUCGCCUUGUUCAAGGCGUAGGAUUGAAUAACUCUCGUGUGCUGGAUAUUCAAUAUCCUGUACAGAAUGUGAUUUCUUUCCUUGUUCAUAAUGACUAUGUUCUCACCCUCACCAAAGCCAUGCAUCUCCAUGGUCGUGGCUCUUCUCCGUUGAUUGACUUUGAUCCAUGUGAUCCAGUCAAUCUCAAGGAUCCCAAAUUUGCUUCUCUCUCUCGUGAUCUGCGUGUCCAAAAGGCCAUUGAGAUCGAAAAACCUUCGCUGCCUCCGUUCGCUGUCUUUUGUCCGUCGCUCUCCCAAUUUGAUGCCAUUUUGAAAGAAGAAAUGCUUGCUCGUUCCUCCUCCUCUGCUGCUGCUAAACCACCAUCCCGAUCCUCUGAUCAAGAGCGUUUAGCCAAGAAACAACGUUUGAGUUAUCUUGGCUACCUCUUGCAUCAUGAUGCUGAAACUGCCUCUCUCUUGGCUUAUGCUGUCUCCCCCACUCUCUCUGCUACCAAGGAUCUUGAAAUGUCAGAGCCUUCUGAUAACUGA